CAUUGCAGCAGAGGCACAGAAGGAGACUGUGAGAGGAGCAAGGAAUUACACACAAAAGCAGCGGAACCAGAACACCCUCCCCUGGACACACCCUGCUGAGGAUCACUGCUUCUCUUUUUUCUGAUCCGUCGCCCACGCCACUCGGAGAGAACCCUCUCCCUCAUCAUCAUCCAGCAGAAAACUCUUUUCUCCUCAUUUUUAUCCUAUAGAGGACACCUACAAUCUCGGAGGGCUGAGAUCCCUUGACGAAGAUAGUAUUUUUUUCCUUUUUUUCUUUUUUUUCUUUUCAUUUUUGACUCCGAACAAAAGGCCAAAUAAUAGCAGCAAAGACAGACACUACCUUCAGCGUCAAGACCAGUGGAAAAGGAGGACCUAGAUUUCUUUCAUUGUACGUCAAGAAUGGUUACUCAGAUAAUCAGCACCAUGGAAACCCAGGUGUCCAACGGUCCAAGCGGAACCAGUCUGCCCAACGGCCCAGUCAUUAGUACAAAUGGCUCCACGGACGACAGCAAAACCAACUUGAUCGUCAACUACCUGCCUCAGAACAUGACCCAGGAAGAAUUUAAAAGUUUGUUUGGUAGCAUUGGAGAGAUUGAGUCCUGCAAGCUGGUCAGGGACAAGAUUACAGGUCAGAGUCUGGGAUACGGCUUUGUAAACUAUGUGGAUCCAAACGAUGCAGAUAAGGCCAUCAACACGCUUAACGGUCUCAAAUUGCAGACCAAAACAAUCAAGGUAUCAUACGCCCGACCAAGCUCAGCUUCAAUCCGGGAUGCCAACCUUUAUGUGAGUGGACUUCCAAAAACUAUGAGCCAGAAAGAUAUGGAACAGUUAUUUUCCCAGUACGGUCGCAUCAUCACAUCCCGUAUCCUUGUGGACCAAGUUACAGCAGGCAUAUCACGGGGAGUAGGCUUCAUCCGGUUUGACAAGCGAAAUGAAGCAGAAGAGGCCAUCAAAGGACUGAAUGGACAGAAGCCUUUGGGUGCAGCUGAACCCAUAACGGUCAAGUUCGCCAACAACCCCAGCCAGAAGACGGGCCAGGCCUUACUGACUCAGCUAUACCAAACCGCCGCCCGCCGCUACACAGGACCCCUUCACCACCAGACUCAACGUUUCAGUGUGAUCCCUUCACUUGGAAAGGGACCAGAUCCAAAUAACAGCUCAAACACAAUACUCGACAAUUUACUAAACGCCAGCUACGGAGUCAAGAGAUUCUCCCCCAUCACUAUUGACAGCAUGACCAGCCUGGCUGGGGUCAACCUCACCGGCCCGACCGGCGCCGGCUGGUGCAUCUUUGUGUACAACCUGUCCCCGGAGGCGGAUGAAAGCGUCCUGUGGCAGCUCUUUGGGCCUUUCGGUGCCGUCACAAAUGUCAAAGUCAUCCGUGACUUCACCACCAACAAAUGUAAGGGCUUCGGCUUCGUCACCAUGACCAACUACGACGAGGCCGCCAUGGCUAUUGCUAGCCUUAACGGCUACCGCCUGGGUGACCGCGUGCUGCAGGUUUCCUUCAAGACCAGCAAGCAGCACAAGGCUUGAAAGAGAGGUUGCUCAUUCCAGCUUGUUCGACCUGCAGGGAGACAAACCUGAGCUCCCCGCGACAUCACUCUACAUGGGCCUGGACUGAGUCUCUCUGACAUACUGUCACACAAAAACCACACGAAACAGACAUUCAUGAACAUGCGACCAAGCAAACACACAAGUCAGAGUUUCAAACAAACACACUAGUCGAAUUUUUCUUUUCUCUUUUCACAACAUUCUAGUCAUUCUCUGUAUUUGCCUGGAUUGAAUUAGAAAGGGCCUCAGGGUAAGGACAAGAGCUAUCUACUUAGGAGACAGUCUAACGAAUGUGACAGAGAAUGUGAACUGAGUGCUUUGAUUGAAUUCAGGCAAACAACAACAACCGAUGAACAAAAUUAUCAAAAAAAAAUUUAAGUGAACAUAUAUGUGCAAUUUACCCAAACUCUUACCCCACCAUCUCUCCUGGGGAGGAGAGGAUGUAGUCACCUUUUUUACACUUGGGCAUUUUGAAUCAGCAAUUUUUUUAGAUCAAAGAAAAUUAAACAAAAAAAAAGAAAUAAAAAAAACAGUGUUCUAUUAAAAUAUUACUAUAUAUUCAAUAUUUAAGCUCGUUAUAAUAGCCGAGUAUGUAAGCAUUUUCUAGAAACUUUGACUACCGUUUCCUGACCUGCAGUAGGCGGUGCCUAGCGUGGAGGUAGUUUACCAUGUUUGAGCUUUUUAGCUCAGACUCAAUAUGGUUUAGCUUAACUAAUGGAUACCGGUCACAGAAAAGAUUAGCUCAAAGGCCUUCACGAUCACUUCUCCCUCACAGCCUCACACAGCAGAACAAAUAUGUAUUUCAGACAUUAGUACCUAGAAAGAUUUACACAUAUGUACUCCUCCAAAGCUGUAUUUCUUUCUAAUCUUAUGGAUUUUAUACAGACAGACUGUCUGUGAAGCCUGGAUUGAGCUGCAGUGCUCUCAAGGCGACGAUCUUCUUUAGUAAUUCUGUGCUGGGCUAGAGAGUGAUUGGGAAAUGUGCGACUGCGAGGGGAAAUCCACUUCUUUACAGCAACAGAAAAUACCGGUGUUUUUAAUAUUUUUUUAACCACAUAUUUUCCUGUUUGUCUGUAUUUGCCUUCUUUGUUUAUGCUCCACAGCCUUUUUUAUUCUACUUAGCAACAAUACUUUCAAAAGAAAACCCCAAACCAGAAGGUGAUUGAUAUAAUUAACACUCAUGUGGUCUGAUUUUGAACAUUCUUCACAGAAGAAGCUCCACCUCAGUAACACAGAAUUCUGCAAGAAUGACAAAGUAAAAGCACCGGUAUUAUUCUACUGUUCAGUGCACAGAUCAAAAGAUCAUUUAAAAAACAAGGAAUACAUAUCGAGUUCAGUACAUUUAUGGGAUCUAUGGAUAUAUUUCAGACUGAGUCAUGUUUGGCAUGGAUAUCUGGCUUUGUAAAAAUGAUCAAAAAUCCUUCGAGGAGAAAAAUGACCUGCUCUUCCAACUGAUAAAUGCUCCCAAAGCUUGUUCUCUCCUGAAAAAACGUCGAACUCCUGCCCCAUGAGAGAGGACUGUACAAUAAAUACAAAAAAUAUAUAAAUUCCCUGAGAUCUGUUUGGUUCAACUACAAAAAUAGAUGUUUUAAAAUAUCCCCAACCCAAGUGCAUGAGGAUUAUUUAUGGCACCCUUGAAGACAUGAAAUAAUCCCAUUCAUCUGAACAGACAGUUAUGCCCAGACUUACCACAAAGAAAGCUCAUGUCUUUCAAUAUCACUACACCUGCACAUGAUAAUAGAUUAAAAAAAAGGUCAACUAUAUUCAAGACAUUUUUGCUUUUGCUUUUCUAAGUGACGCUGUGUUAGCCAAAGAGGACGAUCUCUUUGAAAGGAUUACAUUAGAGAUAAAUCUAUUUUUAUACAUACAAAGAAACAAGAUCUUGUGCUGAAUUUUUACAGAUUCUAAAGCUUGGAAAAUUGGGGCAUCACAUUGCUUUGUUUUGAACCCUCUGAUCUUUGCAGAGUAAGAGGGGAAAAGCAUGCGGUGUUUGGGUGGGGAUUCAGGGAGGGGGGCGAAGGAGCAAUGUAUCUCACACAAAACGUAACCGUCUAACCAUGUCAAAGUGAGAAAGAAAACAACAAAACAAACAGAGACGAAUCUACUGGAAAAACAGUCAAACAGUUUGGGGUCUAACCUAAAAGACAGAUUUAUGGUUUGGGAGUUUUCAGACACUCACACCUCUCAACCUGAAAUUCUGUAAAUUGCUGCUUCAAUGAUGAAGCAAAGAGAAGGUCUUUGACGUGAGAAUCCCAGAAAUAGCAGCAGUGAGCUUGAAGAAACCGAAUAGCUUCUUGCAAAAAACAGCCGCAGAUCCAAACAGUGACGCAUAUAUAUAAUGAACACUAAGCAUGAGUCUUAAUGAUUAGAUAGAUUUGAGUUUUGCCAAAGAAUUGCUUUGCAAGUCAGCAUCAAGAAGGAUCAACUAAGACCAACUGUAAUAUUCCCUAAGUAAUUGCUGUACAAAUCUGUCUUCUUUAGUGAGUAAGGACCCUGUCAAAUUUGAGUUGGAAUUACUUUUAAACAUAUAAGUUGCGCAUAUCAGUUUCCAUUUCUAAAACUUAAAAGCCACCUUAUCGAGUGCAAAAAUCAAACAGACGCAAGUAGAUCCCAAUUGCACACAUUUCAUGCAGUAAUAGAAGGCAUAUCAAGGCAAUGAAUCAGUUCACCGGUAGAAUAAAGUAAAAAUACAUUCUCGUAAUGCAGAUCCCCUGACAUUUCAACCAUCUGCUGUCUUUGUCCUUAAAACAGUUUACAUUACAGCUCCGUAAAUAGUUUUACUCGCAUUUUUUAAUCCAGUUUAUAAUUUUUCAUCCCCUAAAAUUGCUGGCAACAGCUGGCUAAGGCCAGCAAUAGCACAGGAGACUGAGCGCUUGGCGAGCCCAGAAACAAACGUGUUACCCAUGUUGACCCGCAGCUGAAGUCGUUUACCACGCCAUGUCCUAUGUCUUGCAGUCACCCCACAAACCAAACGUGCAGUUCACAAUAUUUAACUUUCAUUCAAGAUACAAAGCCACACCCGAUGUACAGCUGAGAGCCACGGACUAUGGCAGGAAACAGUACUACACUGCUUGAGCAACAACAAUAAUCAUUUUGAAAAGACAAAAAAAUUUUCCUAUGGAACAGUAAGUGCAAUGUGCUUUGUUUUUAUAUUGACUCAGAACAAAUGAUAUAUAUAUUUUUAAAGAAGAAAUUAAAUGUCACACUGAAAAGGUUUGCGAAACAGUGAAAGAAGCAAAUGUUCAAACAAACAAAAAAAAAGCAUUAUAACAAACAGACGCACUGAUUAAACGCAUCUAGAGCUCUGAUUUUGAACAUUUCACUUCCUCAGUCCCUAAUUUGUGCUCUGACCAUGCAAGCUCAAACAAACCCUGCAUAUCUGGCCUACUUAAUGAAGCAAUUCUCAAAGACUUUGAAAGAAAAACUGUCAAAUACAUCAUCAGUUUUUGCCCAUGUCGAUUUCAAAUAUCAUUUUUACUUGUAAUGUAUUGAUUUCAAAACUCACUUGUUAAUUAGUGUAUUUGUGUUGUUGAUGUUGCCAUAGAGAACACACAUGGGUCAAAGAUUUUUUAUUUUUGGGUUGCAUUGAUUGGGUACAGUUUUCUUUUUCUUUUUUUUCCUCCACGUUAUUAGUUGCAGUUUUUACAGUGUAUGCAGAUUUUAGACUUAGUUAGAUUUUUUUAUUUAAAUCAAACUGUGUUCAAUUGUGUUUGUAAAGUCUGUGGUAGCUUUUGUUGCAACAUAAAAUAAUUUAAACAGAAAAAAUUCAAAAUAGCGCCAAGAAACUUGUAUUAUUUGGGCGACUUUAAGCUUGUAGUUUUAACUUAUUGUUAACUUAAAAACUAUUUAUUAUCAUUAUUAUUAUUGCCUCGUAUAAAGUAUGUUUUGUGUAUAUUUAUGGUUUAUUUCAUUAUAUUUGCAAGUUUAAAAGAAUUUAAGUUUGCCAAAAUUGUGGUUACACCAUUUUGUUUCUUAAAAGGGAGACACAUAGAAAAACAGCUUUAGAAUUUGGAAACGUUCUCCAUAGUCAAAGAAUGCACUGCUAUAUUUAACUAAUUGAAGUGUAUAAACAUACAUGCUGUGUGCUAGAUGUUAUGCCUUUACUGCCUGUGUUCUGUUUGUCUUGUUAAAUGAAAAUCUUUUAAUUAUUUAAUCUAAUCACAGUCUUGUUUUUUCAACCACUCGUCAAAUCCCCUGAGAGAAGGAGAAGGCCAUCUUUUGAGGCUUCAGCCCGCUUGAAGGUGCAACAACUAGCCAGUUUGAGUUUGAGUCGCUCACAAGAAGCUUUCCUGUUUUGCUGAUGGGUACAUUUAUGAAAAGGCUAGAUAACUGGUAUUGAAUUUACUCUAAAUGUGUGACAUUGGGGGAAAAAAUGCAUUUCCCUGGUAUUGAAAAUGGGCUGCAGAGCUUCAAAAAGCUGCAGGAAGGUUUUCUUGGGAGCACGUUGAGUUGUAAAGGGGUGAGUGGUCCUUCUGUUUAUCAACUGUAUUUUGUGUCUAUUUAUUUAGAAAAGGGGACGCAGUAACUUAGUGAAGUUUUUCUUACACUUUCCUGGAAUGGUAGAACAAAUCAAAGGUGAAAAUGAUCAAACAGUUCUGCGGACGCCACCGUCAGCAGGGAAACUGCAAAAUCACAUACUUCCAGACAUGACCAAAUGAACAAUGUCAAAAUUUAACAAAGGAAAAAAAAAAAGAUAAACCUUUCAGUUUAGAAUAGGAUAUUUAUUACUGGGAUUUCAGCUGAAGACGCUUGAAGACUUUUUCAUGGAAUUGUUUAAUUAUUUGUAUUUUACAUGCCAGAAAAAUAAAAUAAAAGUUACAAAUGCAAAUGUC